UUGUUUAAUUUCUCUAUUCAUCCAAAGAGCAGAACUAUUUCAUUUUGCUGUUCAUCAAUCUUCCAUUGUUCCUUGCGAUUAACAUGUGGUUCUCAUUCUUUCUCAUUUAUUUUCAAUUUUUGAGUUAAUGUUAGAUGGUCUAGAGUCGCUUUCUUUGUCGGGUUUCAACAAUUUAGCAGAACAAAGUUAAAAAAAAAAAAAAGAAGAGAAAGAUUAUUGAGAGGUUUAAUGUAAUUUGAUUCACCGUCUUCGUUGAAUGUCAGUCGCAAAAGUUUGAAUCUUGGCUAAUUUUUAGAAACCCCAGAGUUGGGUUUUGCUUUUGUUCAAAUUCUGAUUUUUUUUUUUUUUUUUUUUUUUUCUAAUUAAAAUUUGGGCUUUUUUUUUUUUUUUUCAUUUUUUUUUUCGUCGUGGGUUUUUGCUUAAAUAUUGAAUCUAUAUGCUUAAGUAGCAGUAUUAGCUUUUACCGCUCAAUAUAUAUGUGUAUAGUAUAUAUUCAUUCACCAACUUCAUUGAAUGGAAGUCAAAAAAGUGUGAGUCUUAGCUUUCAACAAAAAAAAAAAAAAAAAAAGGGUGAAUUUUAGCUAUUUUCAGAAACCCCAAAAUUGGGUUUGCUUUUGUACAAAUUCUGAUUUUUUUAAUUUUAUUUUAUUUUAUUUUAUUUUAUUUUAUUUUAUUUUAAAAAAUUUAAAUUUUGGGUUUUCUUUUUAUUUUUUCCAUCAUGGGUUUUGCUUAAAUAUUGAAUCUGUAUAUACUUAAGUUGCAGUAUUAGCUUUUACAGCUCAAUAAUAUAUAUAUAUAUAUAGCUUUGGUGAUUUGUUCUUCAUUGCUUUUUCUGGGUUUUUGAUUAUAAUAUUUUGGGCAAUUUUGUCUGAAUAUAGAUAGGACAGUGACUAAAUUGGACUUUGACCAACCACGAACAGUUUGGGGUCGGGGUUAGGCGGCAGGUGGGAGAGUAUUUUGGGGGUAAUGGCUGGUCUAACAAAGGACCACCAACUUCUUGGUAUUGACGAUAUAAAUGAAGAAAAUACGCAUAAGCUGAGCAGAGAUAUUAUCCAGAUAGAAGGAGAAGAGAGAGAGAUGGCUCCCCCUGCCGGCAGUUCCAUUCACCGGUCUACUUCUCGUCCGCAGCUCGACGUCAGCCGGGCUGCUAUUCAAGGGAAUUUCGAGGAGAGGGACCCCACAAUUCUGUUGCCUAAUCAGUCUGAUGAUAUAUCUCAUUUGGCUUUGGACAUUGGAGGAUCUCUCAUCAAAUUGGUUUACUUUUCAAGACAUGAGGACAGAUCGGCCAAUGACGAGAGGAAGAAGUCUGGCAAGGCGAGAUUGGGUGUUUCCAAUGGUAAUAGGAGGAGCUUUCCUAUUCUGGGAGGGAGGCUCCAUUUUGUAAAGUUUGAGACAACCAAGAUUAAUGAGUGUUUGGAUUUCAUAUAUUCCAAGCAGCUUCACCGCGGUGGGAUGGAUAUGCGCUGUUGGGAUUCUGAGGCCCAAAAGAAUGAAAGUGCAGUAAUUAAGGCAAUCCGUCAUGAAGCUUUCACGCACAUGGAAGGUCAGAAAGAGUUUGUGCAGAUUGACCAUAAUGAUUUAUUUCCAUAUCUUCUUGUUAAUAUUGGAUCUGGUGUUAGUAUGAUCAAGGUUGACGGGGAUGGAAAGUUUCAGCGGGUUAGUGGGACAAAUGUUGGCGGUGGUACUUAUUGGGGUUUGGGAAGGCUAUUAACAAAGUGCAAGAGUUUUGAUGAAUUGCUAGAGCUGAGCCAACGGGGAGAUAAUAGAACCAUAGAUAUGCUUGUGGGUGACAUUUAUGGUGGUAUGGAUUAUUCAAAGAUUGGUCUCUCUGCAUCAACAAUUGCUUCUAGUUUUGGCAAGGCCAUUUCUGAAAAUAAGGAGCUUGAGGACUACAGACCUGAAGACAUUUCUCUGUCCCUCCUGCGAAUGAUCUCAUAUAAUAUUGGCCAGAUAUCUUACUUAAAUGCACUUCGAUUUGGGCUUAAGCGGAUAUUUUUUGGUGGAUUUUUCAUUAGGGGUCAUGCUUAUACCAUGGACACAAUUUCAUUUGCUGUUCAGUUCUGGUCAAAAGGAGACGCACAAGCAAUGUUUUUGCGACAUGAAGGAUUUUUGGGAGCUUUAGGUGCAUUUAUGAGCUACGAAAAACAUGGUUUGGAUGACUUGAUGGUUCAUCAGUUGGUGGAGAGGUUCCCUAUGGGUGCACCAUACAUUGGAGGACGGAUUCAGGGUCCACCAUUGGGGGAUUUGAAUGAGAAGAUAUCAUGGAUGGAAAAGUUUGUGCAGAAGGGAACUGAGAUUACUGCUCCUGUUCCAAUGGCUCCACCAGGAACCACUGGCCUUGGUGGCUUUGAAGUUCCAUCAUCCAAAGGGGAUACUCUGCGUUCUGAUGCAAGUAAUCUUAAUAUUGGUGUUCUCCAUCUUGUACCUUCUUUGGAGGUGUUUCCGUUGUUGGAAGACCCAAAAACGUACGAGCCUAACACAAUUGAUCUCUCGGAUCACAGUGAGUUAGAGUAUUGGUUCACCGUGCUGUCAGAGCAUUUGCCAGACCUUGUUGAUAAGGCAGUGGCUAGUGAAGGUGGCACUGAUGAUGCUAAAAGAAGGGGUGAUGCAUUUGCUCGUGCCUUUUCUGCCCACUUGGCAAGGUUGAUGGAGGAGCCUGCCGCAUAUGGAAAGUUGGGGCUGGCAAACCUUUUGGAACUAAGAGAAGAGUGCUUGAGGGAAUUCAAUUUCGUUGAUGCGUAUCGAAGCAUAAAGCAAAGGGAAAAUGAGGCAUCACUAGCUGUUUUACCCGAUCUCUUAAUGGAGAUCGAUGGUAUGAGUGAGGAUACAAGACUGCUUACACUAAUUGAAGGUGUUCUUGCUGCAAACAUUUUUGAUUGGGGAUCCCGUGCUUGUGUUGAUCUCUAUCAUAAAGGAACAAUUAUUGAAAUUUAUAGAAUGAGUCGCAAAAAGAUGCAAAGACCUUGGCGGGUGGAUGAUUUUGAUGUAUUUAAGGAGAGAAUGUUGGGGUCUGGAGAGAAGAAGCUUCGUCAUCAAAGAGCAUUGCUCUUUGUGGACAACUCAGGUGCUGAUGUUAUUCUUGGAAUGCUUCCUCUAGCACGGGAACUCCUCCGACGUGGAACUGAAGUUGUUCUGGUUGCAAACUCCCUUCCUGCUCUGAAUGAUGUUACUGCCAUGGAGCUUCCUGAUAUUGUAGCUGAAGCUGCCAAGCAUUGUGACAUUCUUCGUGGAGCUGCUGAAGCAGGAGGCCUGCUUGUGGAUGCAAUGAUUAACAUCCAAGACGGUUCUAAGGAAAAUUCAUCUUCAGUUCCUUUGAUGGUUGUGGAAAACGGAUGUGGGAGUCCAUGCAUAGACUUGAGGCAGGUCAGCUCAGAGCUGGCUGCUGCUGCUAAAGAUGCUGAUUUGGUCAUUUUGGAAGGAAUGGGUCGAUCUUUACAUACCAACUUUAAUGCUCGGUUUAAGUGUGAUGCUCUAAAGCUUGCAAUGGUGAAGAAUCAACGACUGGCAGAAAAGCUGAUUAAGGGAAACAUAUAUGAUUGUGUCUGCAGAUACGAACCUGCCAGUUGAGUGCUUUCUUUCCCCCAAAUGUACGUUAACUUUGUUUACAUCAGUUUCGGCUGACAGUGAAUCGGAGAUGGUAACAUCUUCUUCGGAGCUUUUAGCACGCUGCACGUAGACUUUCAGAUUAGUUGUCUUGUUUUUUGAAUUUAUAUCGUUUACUUUUCCUGCUACUGGGAUCGGUUAAUCAGGGAAGAACUAGUUACCUUGCCACCGCAACAAAAUUUGGACGAGCAUCGAAACUUGUACUUUAUAGAAUAGUUUACAUUGCCUGUUAUGGUUACCCCAAAAAGCCAGUUCAAAUGACAGAGCAGGAGUUAGGUGACUGUUUGAUCACUUGACUCAAAACUUGGCAUUGUGAACAUAUUGUUGUCUUUGCCUGUUUGGUUACUGGGCAAAAUAAUAAUAAUAAUUAUUAUUUUCAUUGUUGUUUUA